AUGGUUGUAAUUGAUUUAUUAGAUAAUGUUCCAAAAGGUUCUCAUAUAUUUGUGGACAAUUAUUUCGCAUCACUUAAAUUAUUAGAUUAUAUGACAGCACUUGGCUAUGGAUUAACAUGCAUCUUAAGAUCAAAUCGAAUUGGAAAUUGCCCUAUUGAAUCAGAAAAAAGUAUGUUGAAACAACCACGAGGUCAUUAUGAUUACCUAGUAUCCAGUGAUAAGAAGAUGAUCAUUGUGGGGUGGCAAGACAAUCGACGUGUACUUAUUGCUUCGAAUGUUAUUGGCAUUGAACCAAUAACACAAUUAUCAAGAUGGAUCAAGAAGCAACGUAAAAAAAACUAUAUCGAUGCUCCAUAA